UUGGGCAGCGCUUUUGUGAAGUAAAUGUGCAUGUGAUCAGGGCACAAUCGCGCACAUCUUUUACAUACCUGUACUGUGCACCACCUGUCGCUCGCGCCACUGACGCAGCUGGUCAUAUUUGCCAUUCCCUAGAUUUGUUUUAGGUCAACGGCAUAGUUAGAAGAUAUGGGAGUGAAAGCACAGAGUGUCACAAAUGGACAAAGCAGAGCAGAAAGCCUUUCGUUUGACUUUACGUCUUGGUGGCGCCACGACAUUAUAUCGACCUGUUUUUCAAACAGACAGAACGUUUGCAUCUCGACCGGACUCGUCUGUUUGUCCGUGCUUCUUUUGAUAAUAUCCUGUUUUAUGCUGGUAUGUCUGAGAUGCAGAGACCGGGACAGGAAUUCCGGCAAGGAGGCAGCCUGUGUCCUCUACUGUUUCUUUGGCAAUUUGUGCAGCACCAUCGGGGCAUUUCUCUCCAAUCAGUUGGCUCUUCAGGUCAUAAUGGGUGGUUUUAUGGCAGCUGUAGAAGUUAUUCAUUUAAUCUCCAUCUUCCCGAUAUUUUUGCGUUGGAACACCAGAGCAGAGAAGAGGCUGAGGAUGAUUAAGAGGAGGAGGAGGCAGAACUUCAUGGCUGUGUCUCUGCUGUUGGUGGUGGGUGGAGGGAGCUACCUAACCUCCAGGACCAGCCAUGGGCUUGUAGACAGACCUCUCACUGGGAGAAGACUUCUUCUCACUGACCUCCUGCAUGACCAUAUGGAGGUCCUCGGUUACAUUCUUGGUCUGCUCUCUUUUGUGAUUGCCUGGACCUCUAAGUUCCCGGACCUCUCCAGAGCACACAGAGGGGAGAGUUCAAGUGCACACGUGUCCUCUGGGUUGCUGUGCUCUUUGGCCGGUGCCCUCUACACCUCGGCCAUAUUACUUUACGACACCCAGUAUGAGUUUGUACUGAAGGCCAUGCCAUGGCUCCUGGCGUCAACGUGCUGUGCAGCCCUGGAUCUUGCUAUUGUGGUCCUGUCCUGGUGUAGGAAGGGUAACCCUGAGCAGCAGCCUGGAGGGGGUUCUCCAGAUACAGAGAGUCUCCUGGGCGGCUCCUCUCCCCCCAGUCAGCACAACCCCAGUGGGAAGACAAAACAAAAACACCCAUUGGACUUGGAUGGAGCUCCUCCCCAGGUUCUCUCCAGUAAGAAGAAUCUAAAGUUUGCUGACAUGGGGCAUUACAUGGAUGUCAACAUUCAACCCGUGCGAAAGGUGUGUCUAAAGGAGGUGACUCUCUCUAGGGAGGAGGGGGUUUCAGAGAGCCAUCCCCUCAGGAGGACAGUGAGGGUAGUGAGAGUGGAUGAACCCUGCACCUCCGAAACGUUCUCAGACUCCUCAUCCCUCAACUCGGAUCUGGAGUGGGAUUUUGAAGACGCAAAUGCACAGUGGAACAAACUGCUAAAAGAGAACGUGGAUGGGUUUCCCCUGCAAGAAUGGCCGACGAACCCAAGCCCAAAACCCACCUGCAGCUGUGGUGGCAUCAUUUGACAGGCUGGGAAGCGGGUAUAAAGCAGAGUGGGUGAAGUGGUGUGAUAAUUUCAAACACUGGUGAAUGACCUGGUGACACUUCCUCAUUAAUUCACAUGGUCAGAUCUGUGUUUUGGAUUGUGAAUAUGAAAGAUAAUAAAAGUGCAAAAAUUGAUCUUCCA